AUGAACAUCUUCAGUAAGAAACCCACCGCCAAAGAGGCUCUUCGGGAGAGCAAGAGAGAAAUGGCUAAUGCUACUAGAGGAAUAGAGAAGGAAAUUGGAGCAUUGCAAUUAGAAGAAAAAAAGCUUGUUGCUGAGAUAAAGAGAACGGCAAAAACAGGAAAUGAGGCUGCAACUAAAAUACUAGCCAGGCAGCUAGUCAGGCUUAGGCAACAGAUAGCUAACUUACAAGGAAGUCGAGCUCAAAUGAGAGGAAUAGCAACUCAUACGCAGGCAAUGCAUGCUCAGUCAUCAGUCGCUGUUGGCAUGAAAGGUGCUAGUAAGGCGAUGGCAGCUAUGAAUAAGCAAAUGGCUCCUGCAAAGCAGGCACAGGUGAUACGCGAAUUUCAGAAGCAAUCUGCACAGAUGGAUAUGACUACUGAAAUGAUGUCCGACGCAAUAGAUGAUGCCUUGGAUGAUGAUGAGGCAGAAGAGGAAACUGACGAGCUGACAAACCAGGUGCUGGAUGAAAUUGGCGUUGAUGUCGCCUCACAGCUGUCAGCAGCUCCCAAAGGAAGAAUUGCAGCGAAGAACACUGAGGGUGUUGGCAGUUCUGGCACUGAUGAACUUGAGAAAAGAUUGGCAGCUCUUCGAAAUCCAUGA